AUACUGCAUAUUUUGAUGAAAAAAUGAAAAACGUGCAACGCAACGCUCUCAAUAGCUUUGCAAUGCUACAGGUUUUGACGCGUACGAGUGUGGUCACAUACGCUCAGAAUUUCGUUCUCCCUCUUAAACGAACCUGAUCGACCACAUUUUCAUUCUCCCAAUUUGCUGCUGCCCUAGCUUCCCUCUCAAACGAACUUGACCAGCUGCCUCCCAUGGAAGCAUUCAUGCUGCCGCCGCUUCCCUGUUGCCCUAGCGUCCCUCUCAAAUGAAACGAUGGGAAUCAUCAUUUCGGAGCUUGGGUUAAUUGGGUUUGUCGAGACGGAAAGUAGGUGCUUUCUCAGAGGAAGAAGGAAUUCGACAGGUGGAGAACGAUCAUUUUCAACACUAUGCUUUGCUUUGGCAUUACACGAAAUGACUCAAGCCCCAUUUCGAGUAAUGGAUGAGUUUGAUGUGUUUAUGGAUGCACUAAGUCGGAAAAUCAGCUUAGACACUCUUGUGGAUUUUGCAUUGGCACAAGACUCAAAAUGGAUAUUUAUCAUGCCGCAUGACAUUAGCUUGAUUUUGGAAUCGUUGAAUGAUUUGAGGAUCAAUAGAUUUGCCUUGUCAUUUGGACCAAUGGUUGAAAGGCGUUGGAUCUUGUUGGAUUGGUAAUUCACUUUGGCAAAUUCAUGACCAAGAUGGGGUAAUCAAAGACCAUCAAGCCUUCGAUACUAGUUUUAAUAUUUUUUUUUUUGGAUUUGGUUUAUGAUAGUGUUUGAACAUUACUCUUUGUAAUCAUCAUUCAUCAAAUUUCAAUGGUGGAGAACUUGAUUUUCUUUUUUGUUAAACGGGUGGAAAUUUAGUUUUCUUUGUUGUUGAAUUCAUGAUGUUAAAGAAGUGAAGUUUUUAUAAAGAGAUAUUGGUGGAAAUUUGGUUGAUAUAUAAGAUUGAAAAUGCGUGUACUGUUUGAUGAGUGUAUGUCAUAUAUAUACCAAAUGUGAUUGUUCGAUCAAAA